UUCAUCUUCUUCUCUGUACGUUCAACUCCUCGAAUUCGAAGCGAGAGAGAGAGAGAGAGAGAGAGAGAGAGAGAGAGACUUGUAUUGCUUUUCCAUGACUGUAACAGAGCUACUUCUCUUGCUUCCCACAGCAAUUGUAGCUCUAAUCAUCACAUGGAAUUAUAUCAGAACGAAGAGGAGAAGAAGAUGUAAUCUUCCACCGGGAAAUAUGGGAUGGCCACUUCUAGGCGAAACAAUCGGUUAUUUGAAGUCUCACUCUGCUACAUCCACUGGAGAAUUCAUGGAGCAACACAUAUCAAGGUUUGGGAAGAUAUACAAAUCGAAUCUAUUCGGUGAACCUACAAUAGUAUCGGCAGACGAAGGGCUUAAUCGAUAUAUAUUGCAGAACGAAGGAAGAUUGUUCGAAUGUAGUUAUCCAAGAAGCAUUGGAGGGAUACUUGGGAAAUGGUCGAUGUUGGUUCUGGUUGGAGAUAUGCAUAGGGAUAUGAGAAUGAUUUCUCUCAAUUUCAUGAGCAAUUUUAGGCUUCGAACUCAUCUGUUACCUGAAGUGGAGAGACAUACUUUGCUGGUUCUACGAUCUUGGAAGGAGAAUUUGUUUUUCUCUGCUCAGGAUGAAGCAAAGAAGUUUACUUUCAAUUUAAUGGCGAAACACAUCAUGAGUAUGGAUCCAGGGAAGCCAGAAACAGAACAGUUGAAGCGAGAGUACAUUACUUUCAUGAAAGGGGUCGUAUCCGCACCUUUGAAUUUUCCUGGUACGGCUUAUUGGAAGGCUUUACAGUCGAGAACGACGAUUCUUAAAGUAAUCGAAGGUAAAAUGGAGGAGAGGAUCCGGAAGAUUGAUGAUGAAUGCGAGAGAGUUGAAGAUGAUCUUCUUGGUUGGGUAUUGAAGAAUUCAAACCUUUCUACAGAACAGAUUCUUGAUCUCAUACUAAGCUUGCUUUUUGCUGGUCAUGAAACUUCUUCGGUUGCGAUUUCUUUAGCUAUUUACUUCCUGCAAGGCUGUCCCAAAGCAGUUGAACAGUUAAGGGAAGAACACGAUGAGAUCAGCAGAGCUAAGCAACAAUCUGGAGAGUUUGGAUUGAAUUGGGACGAUUACAGACAAAUGGAGUUUACACAAUGUGUUAUCAAUGAGACACUAAGGCUGGGUAACGUGGUUAGAUUCGUUCACAGGAAAGCUCUCAAAGAUGUUAGAUACAAAGGGUAUGACAUUCCAAGAGGGUGGAAAGUUCUUCCGGUGUUUGCUGCAGUUCAUCUGGAUCCUUCGAUCUAUGACCAGCCUCAACGCUUCAAUCCAUGGAGAUGGCAGACCACUCGUGAUAGGGGAGGUGCAGCAUCCACUAGUCCGAGCUUGACUACGAGCAAUCUCUUCAUGCCGUUUGGGGGUGGACCAAGACUUUGCGCCGGCUCAGAACUAGCCAAGCUUGAGAUGGCGGUGUUCAUUCACCACUUAGUUCUCAAUUUCCAUUGGGAAUCAGCAGAACCUGAUCAUCCUCUCGCCUUCCCAUUCGUCGACUUCCCCAAAGGCCUACCAAUUAAGGUCCACCACCUCCACAACCACCAACACCACCACAACAACCAUGACCUCAUACAAGUAUAACCAUACUCAAUGAAAGCUCAGUUCUUAUUCUUAGCCUCUCAUGUACUGGAUAUCAAUCAAAAGAUUAAAAAAACAGUUAAAUGAUUGGCGAAGUGGCGAAUAUUCCAUACCGACAUCUCUUGGCUUGUAGAGAGACAAGAGAAAAAAGCCCAAAUUGCCAUUGUUUCAGGCUUGUCGAAGAUUUGCGAAUUUCGCCUCACAUGGAACGUAGAGAAGAGAAGAGAAACCCCCAAAACAAGAGGAUUUGUAGCGUUAACUACAAAGAUUCAGAGGACCACGUCCCCUUUGUUGUAACCUUGUAACUUUUUUAUUUUCGUUUGUCCUUUUUCUAGGUCGCGUUUGGCCUUGGGGCCCUAACUUAUCUGUUUUGUGUGA